AUGAAUUAAUUAUUAAACACAUCUUCCGAAUUAGAUUUAAUUAAUUGCGAAUUCAAUAUUAUUGUUGAUAAAAUUUCAAAUGGAAUUCAUUUAAAUGAUGAACACAUAGAAGAUGAUUUGAAAGUAUUACUAGAAAAAUUAGAUAAUGAAAAUAAGAAAGAAAAAAUCUUAUUCUUACAUAAAAAUUUCCCAAAAGCCUCAUUUCUAAACCUGCCUUAUUUUAGACAAAUAAAUAUAAACGAAAAUAACACAUAAGAAUAAAUUGACGGUUACAAAUAGAGGUAUUAAGAUAAUUUAAAUGAAAAAUAAUUUGAUUUAAUUCUUUAGGAAUUAAAAAAUGAGCAAUAUUGCAAAUGGAAUUUGAUACCUUGUUAGAUUAAAGAUUAUCUUAUUCCUCUUAAAUAAUUAAAAAAUGGCAUUCAUUUAAUUUUUGAACUUAUAGAAAUAAUAAAAGAUAAGACUUAAUACAAUUUUUUUUCCGUUUUAAUACAGCUUAUUAAAUUGUUCUUUCUUGAAUGUGAUAAUGAAAUAAAAGGAUAAAUUCAUUAAGUAGUAGGUUGUCUUUUAGAAAAUUAAAUAUAUAAAUUUGAAAAUUAUAUUUAAGAGGCUAUGAUUUAAAAUGAGAAAACACAAUUAAUGUUUCAAAAUUGUAUUCAGAAGGUUUAAUUCAAAGAAAUAUCAGUACAAUAAGGAAAAGAUAUUUUAUUCUAAAAUUGUAAAGAUUAAUAAAUCCUUUUUUUAUUUGAAUUAUUUACUAUCAAACUUGGAUCUCAUUUUGAUAAUUUAUUGGGGUUUAUGCAAAAUUUACUUUACGUAAAAAAUAAAGAAAUAAAUAAAGAUGAUUUGAUUUCAUACAUUUCUUUAACAGAAAAUUUUAAUCAAAAUUUAGAUUUUCUAUAUUUUAAGCUAGUGUUCUAUUUUUGGAUUUAAUAUAUUGAUUAAUUCAAACUAAAAGAUAAAAUAUAAGAAAUUGAAUAGAAAUUACAAAAAAUAUCUUAAUUUAAGUAAUAAGUAUGUGAAAAUUCUAUUUAAUAUAUUAGUUCACAAAACAAAAGCAUAAUUUUCAGAUAUGUUUUACAAAAAAUAGUUUAUUAUAGUAAUCUUUAAGAUUAAGAUUUCAAAGAAGGCUAAAAAUAAUAGGAGGCUUACGAGAAAGAAUUUAAGAAUAAAUUUGACUAAUUUAAAUUCCAAAAUUUAGAAUUAUAAGAAUCAAAUUUAAAUGAAGUAGUAAGUAUUUCAAAAAAAAUUAUGUUUUAUCAGUUAAUAACUUAAUAAAAUCAAUGCCAAGGGUUUAAUAAACAAAUACAUAUCUUAAAAUUUUUAGCUACUAAUGAUCUAACUGAUAAACUAAAAUAGAUCUUUUUAUAAAUUAUAAAUAAAGGUUGUGAAGACAAGUAAAUUGUUGAUUUUUCUAAAAUAUAAAAGAUUAACCUUCUUCAUUUAUAAAAUGGUUUAGAAAAUAAAUCCUAAAUAAAAAUGUCAAGAUUUGUUAAUUAAAAUGAGAUUUUUUAAUAAUAUCCUAAAUAAAUGAGGAUAAAAAUGGAAGAAUUUAAUAUUUCAUUAACUUCGAAAAACAAUAAAGAGGAUAUUGUUUAAGAAUGGUUAAAAGAUAAAACCAAUGAAAAUAAUUUCAAGAAAUUGCUUCCUUAUUAUUUUAAUAUUAUUAAAAGGAGAGAAUCACCAGAAGAUUUAUUAAGCUUUAUUAAUAGACAGGAUGGUAGAAAGAAUGAAUCUUUGAACUUAAAAUCUUUAUUUUAAUUACUUUACAAUAAUUCAGAUAAAGAACUUUAAGUUAUGCUAUUAAAACUACAUUCGAAAAGCUAUCCUGUUCCAUUACUUUAUCAAAACCCUUAAUUAGAAAAGAAUUUUACUUCAAAUAAAAACUUUUAUAUCUUAAAUUCAAAUAUGUUUUAUCUUUUAUCAAAUGAUUUUCCAAUAAUCAAUUUUUCUUUAAGCAAAAUAGUGAAUUAAUUUGGAAAAUCUGAGUUAAUCAAUAUGAUAUUUUAUACUGAAUAUGAAGAUUCAAAAUUUGAAGUUUCUGAUAAAUCUUCAAUAAACAAUAGUUCAAUAGAUUGUUAAUUUGAUUUUUCCUUUAAUGGAAGUAGAAAUUAUUUAAUAGCUGAUGUGCAUGGAUAGUUAGAAGAUGAAAUAUAUUAAGCAUUACUUCCCUUUUUUUAAUUUUGGAUUAUAUAAAUGCAAUCAGAUGAUGAAUUUGAAGAAAAUGUUGAUAAGUUAAUGGGAUUGUAUGAAAAAAUGGAAUUCAAAAUUAAUCCUAAAAUUGUUCUAAUCAUUCGAGACUCAGAACAAAAGUAAUUAAAUUAAGAAAAGUUUAAUAUGAUUUAAUAAAAAGGUAUUGAUGUUUAUCAGAUACCUAAUUUACAAAGAUAAGAGAAUAAGGCUGAAGAAAAAGAAGAAAGAAAAAAAAUAAAAGAAUUUAUUAUAAAAAAAAUAGACAAUAAAAAUGAAACAGUCAAAGAAGAAGAAAUAUAAGAAUCCUUUUUAAAUAUUUGUAAAGCUUUUAAUGUUAAUGAAGAUGAAAUAAAGCAAUCUUAAAAAAUUCUUACAGAUUUAACUUUCGAAUUAGAGAAAAUCAUAAAGUAAGAAGAUGGAUUUUAUUCAAUUUAAGCAUUUCCAUUAAGAAAUUUAGCAUGGAAAUUAAAAUCGUUAAAAAAAUAAAGAUAACAAUUAAAUUAUACUAAAAAUUUAUAUGAAUAAGAGUUAGAAAAAAAACUAAAUGCCAUAAUUUAGAUGAAAUUCGAUCAAAAUAGUGAUAAGUAGGGAAGAUUAGAUCAAAAAAAGAAAGAAAAAUAAGAGAUUGAGCAAAAUAUUAAAUAAACUGAAGAAAAUCUCAUAUUAAUUACAAAAGAGAUUGAUAAUUUUGAAGAAAAAAAUACUAAACAUAAUUUUAAUGAAUCACUAUUAAUAAAAUAUUUUAGUUAAAUUUUUGAAUAGAACCAUUUUUACAUUACUUACAUAAGUUUUGUUGAAAAAAUUGCAAAAUUCAACUCAAGGAAUCUUAAAGAUUUAAAUUUAAAGAUAGAGAAAGUAAAAGAAUAACUUAAGUCUAUAAAAGAAGAAUAAAAAUAAGAAAUACAAAUUCUAGAGAAAAAUUUGAAAAAUUUAGAAAAUAAAUAUACAACCCAAAAUAUCAGUAUUGAAUUAUUCUGGAGGGAAGUUAUUAAAGGAAAUAGUUCCUUUCUUUAAAGUCCUAUAGUUAUUGUAUGUUAAUUAAUAAAAAAAGGAGAACCUUUUGAAUUUUUAAAUGGAGAUGAUCUUAGCAUAGAUUCAAACUUUUUACAUCAAUUACGAGAAAAUUUAUUAGAUAAAGGAGAUAAUAAAAUACUGUUUUUAAGUAUAUUGGGGCCAUAAAGUUCUGGAAAAUCUACAUUGUUAAACAGAAUAUUUGGGUGCCAUUUUUUAACUAGUAUGGGACGAUGUACAAAAGGAUUAUUUCUAUAAUUAUUAAAAAUAUCAAAUAAAGAAUAAUUUGAUAAUUUAUUUGAUUAUAUUUUAUUGCUAGAUUCAGAAGGACUUUAAAAUCCUCAUUAAUAAGAUCCAGAAUUUGAUAAAAAAAUUACUCUUUUCAUAAUUUAAAUAAGUGAUAUUCUUAUAUUUAAUGUGAAAGGUGAAAUUCAUUCUACUUUUCAUAAUUUAAUUGAAGCCAGUUUUUACACACUUGCAAAAUAUUCUAAAUUAAAAUUCUUAAAAUAAUUUUCUUGGUGUUUCAAUUAAAAUAGUUAAUUAAACGAAAAUGAAAAAUUUAAAUUAUUAAACUAAAUUGAAGAUAUAGGAAAAAAUUUAGAUGCUGAAAAGAGCUUAGUUGAUGAAGAUAAUAAUUAAAUUAAAUAUGUUGAGCACUUAGAUAUACAUGAGGAUAAUAUCUAAAUUUUGGGAAUGGCUACAAUUUCUAAAGAGUGGCAAAAAUAUUAUUCUUAAUCAUAGAAUAACUCUAUCUAAUAUUAAGAAAUUAACCAAUAAGAUUAUUCCAAAAAUGCCUUGAAAUUUGGAAUAAAAAUAAUAGAAAAGUAUAUCUAAAAGUAUAAAUAAACAAAAAAUAAUCAUCAUUAAAUUUUAACUUGGGAUGCGUUUAUUAAUAAAGUUGAAUCGUGCUGGGAAAUUGUCUCAAAAUUACCUGAUUUAGUAGAGUUUUCAGAUUUAAAAGAGUAAAAAGAUUAUGAAACCAUUAACAAAAUUGCAACCGAGAAAAUGACCAAAGCAAAUGAAAAAUUUCCAGAUUUUGAUUAUAUUAUUCAAUUGAUCUAAGAAAAGAGUGAAUCAAAUAAUUCUUUAGAAAAUUAUAAUUUAAUACAGAAGGAAAUUUAAGAUGACUUUUUAUAAUCAUGUUAUAAUUAAAAAGAUGAAAUAUUAAAGGAUUUAUAAAAGGAAUAUUCAUAUUAAAUUAUUUCAGAUGCAAUUAUAAAAAAAGUAGAAGGUAAUAUAGCUGAAGUAUACUAUGCAAUUGGUUUAGAAGGAUCUUUAAUAAUCUUAUAAAAGAUUCACUAAUUAAGGAGAUAAUUUCAAUAUAGUCUUGUCUCUGCAAAAUUUGAAUAGAUUGUCAGUUAGUUAUAAAAUGAUUAAGAAUAAUUAUAAGAAUUAUUAAGAAACUCAAAUUUAAGAAAUAAUAAAUUUGAAUAAUUGUGGAAUGAAUAAGUUGAAUCAUCGAACAAAGAGAUUGAAAACCUGCACAUAGAAUUUCAAAAAGCAUUAUUUGUCUGUUUUUAGAAAUAUAAGAUAUAGUAUUAGUUCAAAACAGAGAAUUUGGAAGAUUAGAUUGAUUAUUUUAUAAAAGUAAUAAACAAAUAGGAGCCAAAUGAAGAAAAAGAAAGUCAAAUGGGGAAAAUCUGCAAUCUAUUUUUGAAAGACUUUCAAAAAAAGAAUUCUUUUAAUACUCUGAAUAAAUAGAGUAAAUAAUAAUAUUAAUAAAUUUUUGAGGAAGAUAUUUAAAAAAGACUUGAUAACAUGCCUAAAUCUCCUUUAAUUGAUCCAUGGAAGUACUUGCAAAAGUAAACUACUUAUCAAGUCAUAAAAAAAAGUUAAAUUGUUGAUGAAGUUAAAAAUAAUUUAAAGUCAGUGUUAAUUGAAAUAAUAAAGCAAAAGAAAGAUGAUGAAAAGUAAAAAUUAGAAAUUUAAGAAUUAUUUACUAUAUUGAAUCAAUUGCCUAUUUAAUUUGAAAAGAAAAUUUAGGAGAAUGUUCUUAAUUUAGUUAAUAGGAGAUUUUUGAAUUUCAAAUAAAUUCUUUAUGGAACUUAAAAACAAUCAACUCAAUAACCAGAAAUUCAAAAAUACCCAUAACCCAAAUAAUCUUAAACCAAUUUUUCUUUUGUUCAAAAUAAAAUUGAAUGUUUUGAACCAAAAAACUACUACUCCAAUAUUCAAUAUUAUCAAUAAACUAGUAUUUCAUAUUAACAAAUUUGUCAAAAUAUUCCAAAUUCAUUCAGUUAUCAAAAUUAAUUAGGUAUUCAAAGAAUCACAAGUACUCAAAAUCCAUAUAGUAAUACUUUGAAUUUUCAAAAUUAAUAUAUUUUUCAAAAUACCCAAAAUAUACAAAGAAAAGAUAUAUAGCCAUUUAACUAAAUCAAUGAAAGUCUUAUUAUUGAUAAUCUAGUAAAUUCUUUAUAAGAAUCUCAAGCUAUAUCCUAACCAAUGAACAUUUUUAUUUUCAAAUAAAUCUAAUAAAAGUUUCCCUCAUUAAUUGGAUAUUAAAAAAAUUUAACAAAUAUGGAUGAGAAAUUAAAAAAUCAAUAUUUCAUUCUGAAAGAGCAUGUUUCAAUAAAAUUUUCAUAAAGUAACAAAAAAGCCUUAAAUCAACAGUUGUUUAAUUAUAUUAUAUCUUAAAAAAAUAAUCAUAUGGAUAUAUAUGAUUUUUCAUAAAAUUUUCCCUCUAUAUUUAUAGAAAUAAUGAAUGAAAAUUAAGGAUGGAUUAAAUUAUGCUCAAAUAUUUAUAAUAUAAUUUAAGAUUAAAUUUAUGAUACAAAAUAAUCUUAACCAAAGCAGUAGUAAUCAGGUUCUGAUAUUUGGUAAAUAAUUUCCAUGGAUGAAGAUGUUACAUAAUAUAGUCGACAAUUAUUAUAAGGAUUAAUAUAAAAAGUUGAAAAUAAACUAGAAUCAAUUAAUAAAGAAUUAGCUUUUUUUGGGAUUGAAUUUAGUCAAUUGUUAAUUCGAAAGCUAUAAUUUUUUGCAUUUUUUAUUAUUUGGAGAUUUAUUUGUUAUGAUAAAUUGAAAAUGUAUGAAAAAGAAUAAAAUAAAUUUUUGGAAAAUAAAGCAAUAAUGAAAUGUAAAUAUGAAAAUGCAUUAUAGCAAAACCUAUUGUAGGAUUGCAAAGAUUAAGCAAAAUAAUAGGCAAAAUUAAUUUAUAGACUUUGUAUCGCAUAAUUUUACAAAGAAAAUAAUGGAAAUGUAACAAAAUAAAUUAAUAAAAAAUAAAAGACCUCUUAUUAACUGAUAAAAGAUUUAGAUUAAUAAUUACUGAUUAUUAAGAAGGAGGAUAUAAUUUAAGGUUAAAGUUUAGAAGAAUCAAUUAUUGAAUACCUAAGUAACUAAAUAGGAUUUAUGAAUAAAUAUAUUGGAUAGUUCAUAUAAAAUCUUCAAAAAGAAAUUGAAAAAUAAUUAGAAUUAUAACCUUAUGUGUAAAAUCAAUUAAAUUUAAUAAAAAAUAAUACAUCAAUUUUACUUGAUAGAAUAACUAAUUUCCAGAAAUUAAAACCUUAAGAUUAAUUUUUUGGUUUUGAAAAUCAAAGGCUAUCAUUAUAUUUAAUUUUAUAUUAUAUUUUAGGAUAUAAUAUUGGGAAUAUGGAACAAUUAAAAUACAAAUAGAUAUUUUUACCUGAUUAGAAUAUUAAAGAAGUUAUCCUUCCAAUGGAAGAAAUUAAAAAAAAUUAGGUGGGUAUUAAUAUAUUAUUCUUAUCAGAAUUUUUGAAAGAAUUUAUAUCCUAAAUUUCUAUCUUUUAUGAAUAAAGUUAAACAUUAAAAACAUCUAUUGAUGAAUUUCAAUUAAAAGGAAAAUUUCAAGAGAUGAAAAAUAUUAUGAAUGGUUGUGACUAAUCAUGUCCUACUUGUAAUAGAAAAUGUGAUAGUGAGGAAUUUUUAGAUAAAAAUCAUAAACAUAAGUGCAAAAAUGGUCAUUAAUUAAGAGGUACAUAUUAUAUAUAUAUUCAUAAGGAAUGAAUAAGAUAUUGAUUCGAAACUCCCCAUCUCUCUUUACUUGCGAGGAAAUAGUUGACGAGACAGAGAUUUUAAUAAAGGAGACUUCUAAGAUUAAAACCUGGAAAGAAAUUAAAGCAUACUAUAAGAAUUGGAGUUUUAAGGAUAUUUUAUUAACAGAGCAAUUAUAAUAAAAUAAAUAAAAGAUGAUAGAAAUAUGGAACGGAGGAAUUGGCUAAAAGAUUUGUGAUGAAUUAUCAAAAGAGUUAAAAUAGCGUGUUCUUUAUUUAAAAAAAUAUGAUCUGACUAUGUAUUAGCAGCAUAGUUCAACACACUAUAUUUUCAUCCUAGAUGAUUCUGGAUCUAUGAAGGAUCAAUGGAAUUCUGUUAUUAAGAGUGUCGAAACAUAAUUUUAAUAAAUAAGUAAGAAAGAAAAUGCUAGAAUAAGUGUUGUGAUAUUUAACAAAGAUGCAAGAGUUGUUAUAAAAUGUCAAGAAUUAAAAAUUGAGGAAUAGUUAAAAUUAAUUACUUAUAUGAGUGGAGGAACAAAUUAUGGGCCUGCAUUUAAAUAGACACUUUUACUUUUAAAAGAAAAUCCAGAAUUCAAUAAGUAAUAUUUCUCAUUUAAUUUUAGUUCAAUAAUUCUUUUUUACACUGAUGGUUUAGCUGAAUACCCUUAGAAAGAAAUUGAAGAGUUUAGUAAAUUAUAAAAAACAAUUAAAGAUACUAUUUAUUUUUUAGCUUGCUCAUUACCUAAUAAAUCAAUAUCAUUAGAUUAAAUUUUAAAUUUUUGUUAAAGAGAAUUUUCUUAUGCAGAAUGGAGGGAAAAGAUAGAACCAUCUAACCUUAAUAAAAAUUGGACAGAAAUGAUUUCUUAAACAAAUUUUGAUAAAUAUAAGGCUUGA